AUACGGAGAAACAAACCCUAAUGGCGCUGGUGAGGCGUCAUGGCGCCUUCAAGGCAUUGAGAUCAGCAGGAGGCGCAACAUGGGGCCAGAUCAGAGCUAGGGGAAGAGCAAAUCAACCCGGGACGCAAGCUUUGUGGGCGUUUCCUUGCCCUGCUUCUUAGCUGAUGUGACACAAUCAUACACUGUAUCCAACCUGAUCGCCCAAGAGAUAUGGCUGCGCCCAGCGUCCAUAUCACGGAACCUUCUCACAGCCCCUACACAGUGUUACCUGCCGCCCGCCCUCUUCCCACAUCAUUCUCGGAACUCAUCCGCAGGUCGAUUUGUAGUGCCUGGGACCUUUUGCCUCUGAUCAAAACUUCGCCUGGAGCUCCGACCUGUCAAGCAGCUCCAUUGCUUGUUCAUUCAUUUGUAUCAGCAGUCAACACAGUCAACUUCGCUUCAAGGUGUCCUAGUUGCUCGUGUGACAAGAGUGGUUGAGCAAAAAGGCGCUGCGAGUCGCUGGGCCGGCAUAGCGCUAGCGAGCUGCAAGCGUCCGCUACUGCGCUUGUUGCGAAGCUGCUGAAAGACAAGCAUAAAGCGCAGGUGUUCAGUGAGCGACAUUUGAAAGAAAGUUAAGCUACUAACAUCAAAAGACAAGAGUGUACGCGGUGGUGUGAAAAUGGCACUCGCAGAGGAGCCUACCCGGUCGAAAGUAUGGUCGGUGUUCUUCCGGCAUGCAAAAUUCGGCAUGCUCAUGCUCAACAUGGGGUCCAAGCUGGUGGCAGUCUUUGUAGUUCUCGUCAUAGUUGGAACAACCAGAGAUCCUGGCGUCGACGAUGCAACCACACAAGGGGCAUCCGCAGGCCCCACAAUCCGGUCACGACGAGAGCUCAGAGAAUACGUUCCCCCCGCCACCUGCCCCUUCGACUUCUCCCAGACGCCCUUCCCCAUGACCCUCUCUCUCUGCUCCCUUCCCAACGCGUGGAGUGAAUCCUGCUGCGCUGCGAUCAGAAACGACUUUUGGAUCCCCGCCUUUGGCCAAAAUACUGAAAGCAUCCCCGACACUUGCAUCGCCGCCGUCGAGGCGCGGCUCCUGCAAGAGCAGCUCGAGAUCAAGUACUCCAAAGUCUGCGGCAGCGACGGCGUUCUGAGCGACCCCCUCCUUCGGCGAGGCCAACCGGGCGACAACCAAAUGCAAACCGCUCCGGAAGACGGGUCCGAUUCCGAGUUCGAAAACGUGGUCAGCCAACUGUUGUAUAGCGAAGAGUCCCUGGAGGAGAUCCCCGGGGACACGAGGCCACUGGAAGAGCGGUCGGUAGAGUCUACCGAGGAGACGGAAGAAGAGGUAAAAGUGGAGGCGGUGCGGCCGAAUGUUCUGUCCCGGCCCUGGGGGUGGGAGAACGGGUCCGAUUCUACAAACGAUGUUGAGGGGCAGGAGUUGACACUGACGAUAACUGUGAUGGACGAGUUGCGGAGGGAGAUGCCGGUUGUGUCGGUAUAGAACAAGUCCGUUCGUCGAGGUUUCUUACUGCCCGUCCGUGUCCUACCACAGCAACGUUACGAGUUGGACCCAAGGUUGCCGCACGCGUCCCCUCCUGAGUCGGUCAGCGUCUAGCUUAUUUAACCGUCAAGUCAGUCUAGAGUUUAAGGUGUGCCCAGCGCGGGUGACGAUCAAGACAAAGUGAGUCUACCGCAGUCAGUUUCAAACUUAGAACUGCUAUUAGGCACUGCAGUGGCAGCUUGCCACGUUGCAAAUGCAAGAGUUGGCCAACAGUACAGGAGCUCGUAAACCAAGACGAUGAUAUUUUUAGAAUCUGGUUUAUACUGGCU